AUGGGACCAACUCCCCGUACGCCCCGGUCCCGUCGAAUCCGGGGGCUGACCAGACUAGCCCACCCCUUUGACAGUCCAGCCGACUCGGGCUACGGUUCCUCUGAGUGCUCUUCGCCGGAGAAGAGAGCCCACCAUGAUGAUGUCCCAGAAGUCCCUCCACACUGUCUCAACUACGACUUUGUGUGUGACGGCUCUGGAUCUUCAGAUAAGCACGAGUCUGAUCACGAGUCUGAUAAAGAGCCUGGUAAAGAGCCUGAGGUCGAACCCACGCCCACGAGAAGACAGACUCGAUCCAGAUUGCGUACCAGCAUCCCCGCAAACUUUCACUCCAACAAAGUGGUCCGGCCAAAACCGAAUCGACAAUAUACAAAAGGGUCUCUGAACCUGCCAGACCGCUUCAUACCACGAUGGACAGCGUCCGCACCCAUCUCUAUCACGUACCGUACCUCCAAGCCCGUCGAUGACUUGACAGCCUCCGAGAGGCUCUUGCGAAACCAUCAUGCCUCUCCUGACGUCUUUCUGCACCGAGCGACCGCCACUGCCCCCCCUUUGGCCUCAGACUUCCGCAACGUCUCCCGCAUGGAAGAGGCGCCAAGUAGGAGAUUUCAGGGCCUGCCCCACAACCGAAGCGGCUCGCUAAUAGCCACCCAAGUAGGAACAACAAUCGUCCCUAUGCCGGAGAACCGACGCAUCUUCAGAGCACGAGCUACUCGAGUUGAGCGCAGGUUGCCUUCAGCACCGUUCCGUGUGCUUGACGCCCCCGAGCUCCGCGAUGACUACUACUGCUCGACGCUGGCCUACUCGGGGACUUGGAACGUCCUUGCGGUAGGGCUGGGAGGCACGCUGUACUCAUGGUCUAGUCGUCACGGAGUCAUGCCCGUGCAUCCCACGAACCCGCCACGGAAGGUCUCCACUGAGGACUUGAUUGUAGGCGACGUCUUGGGGCAUAUCUACUACUACGUUGUGGAGUGGCCUGAAGCGUGGGAAGUGGCCCGCGACGACUGGCCUGGUUCCAUUACGCUGGUAGCUAAGAUUUCUGCCCAUGCUUUGCAGAUUUGCGCAUUAGUCUGGUCCCCCAACGGUCAAGUCUUUGCGACUGGUGCCAAUGACAACUAUUGCUGCUUGUUCGAGGUCAACAAGAUCCUACGACCACAACGACACCAGGGUUCAGUCUCGCCGACGGAAGGGAUGAAAGAGGCAUUUCAACUGCUAGUGGACGGUACCAGCAUCCGGACCGUCCGAACCUCGCCUGAUAAGGUGCCGCAGUUCGGACCCGGUUCAGAGACGCAUCGCUGGAUCCACAGCGCCGCCGUCAAGGCGAUUGCCUUUUGUCCAUGGCAGGACGGCCUCGUUGCGACAGGGGGCGGCUCCAAUGACCGAUGCAUACACUUCUUCCACACCAAGACCGGCACAGCUCUUGCAACUAUUGCAUGUGCGGCGCAGGUGACAUCACUUAUAUGGUCCACGAACCGGCGUGAGAUUGCUGCCACUUUUGGCUAUUCACAGCCCGAACACCUGUUUCGUAUUGCCGUGUUCAGUUGGCCCUCGUGCGAGAUGGUCGACGUGGUUAAGUGGGAAAAGGGCCACAGAGCACUCAGCGCCAUUGCGUACCCUGGCGGCCCCAAGGGACUGUGUCGUGGCCGAGCAAGAGAGCGCCCAGCAGAGGAAGGCGGUAUUGUAGUGGCAUCAAGCGACAAUACGAUCAAGUUUCACGAAGUCUGGCAAGCGGAGAGGAGGGUCAUGGUGGGAGGCAAGGGAAUGCUAGGAGGAAGCGAUAUCCUCGAGGGACUUGAGGGCAUGUACAAAGAGGGAGAUAUCAUUCGCUAA